GAGACAAGCUAUAAAGAAGCUAGUAGUAAAUAUACCAAAGAGAUUCCUAAGAUUAAAGCAAAGCCAAUUACACCAUGCAUCAUAAUCGAUAACAAAUAUGAAAAAAUAUGUUGCUGUAAUGAAACUAGUAAUAAGAGGUUGCAAGAACUCAUUGGUGUCUGGAAAAUUGACAUGGAUGCUAUUAAUGAA